AUGUCACCAUUAACGUUUUUAGAAACUCUGAUAAACAAGUGUACAACUAUUAACUCGCUUAAAAAGGCACGUCAAUUACACGCGUUGAUUCUAACUACCACAGCCUGUAGCAGUUAUGCACAAGCUCCUUAUCUUAACAACAAUGUCAUUGCUAUGUAUGCGCAUUGCGGUUCACGAUUGGAUGCACAGAAAGUGUUCGAUAAAAUGCCUCAACGAAAUAUUAUCUCUUAUAAUGCGCUAAUUUCAGCGUAUUGUAGAGAUUGUAGCUAUGUGGGUUUGAGUUUUAAGUUGUAUGCUGAUAUGGGCUUCCGAGGGUUGAGGCCGAAUGGAGCGACAUUUACAAGUUUAUUGCAAGUGUGUUGCUCACUUGAGGAUUGGUUUUUGGGGUGUUUGUUUCAUGGUCAAGUUAUUAAAUUUGGGUUUGUUAAUGAUGUUUGCGUUCAAACUACAUUGCUUGGAAUGUAUUCGGAUCGUGGGGAUUUGGAAUCCGCGGAGAAAGUGUUUAUGAAUGUGGCGGAAAAGGAUGUUAUACUGUGGAAUUCGAUAAUAUCAGCAAAUUUAAAGAAUGGUAGGAUUACGGAAAGCUUAUGUUUAUAUGGUGAAAUGGUGAGGUCUGGUGAAACUCCUACCCGGUUUACGUGUUCAUUGGUACUGAAUGCUUGUAGCAAACUGGGAUAUUAUAGUUGGGGACGAGUUAUUCAUGCCCGAGUUGUUAUUUUGAAUGUAGUACCUGAUUCGGCUUUGCAGAAUUCCUUGCUUGAUAUGUAUUGUAGCUGCGGCGACAGAAAAAUGGCGUUUAGUGUUUUCAGUAGAAUGGAGAACCGGAAUUUAGUUUCCUGGAAUUCAAUGAUUUCGUGGUGUGCUAAAAGUGGAGAAGGUGAGAAAGCUAUGGAAAUGUUUGUCGAGCUGCUUGGCAAGUCUUUCUCUAAACCAGAUGAAUAUACUUUUACAGCCAUUAUUUCAGGAACUUGUGAUUUUCCAGCUUAUGAGUAUGGGAAACCUCUUCAUGCUCAGGUUAUUAAAGCAGGGUUGCAUUGUAGUGUCUUCAUAGGAAAUGCCCUAGUGUCGAUGUAUUUUAAUAACAGCGAUACUGAAUCCGCUCGAAAGGUUUUCAGUUUGACGAAAGAGAAGGAUGUUGUUGUUUGGACUGAAAUGAUUAUGGGGCAUUGUAGGUUGGGCGAUGGUGAAAGUGCAAUAAAACUAUUUUGUAAGAUGUGUCAAGAAGGCCAUAAGAGCGACAGUUUCGCUCUAAGUGGAGCUCUGAGCGCUUGUGCGGAUCUUGCAAUUUUAAAGCAAGGACAGAUGAUUCAUGCUCAGACUGUUAAAACGGGAUGCGGAGCAGAAAUGUCUGUUUGUGGAAGUCUUGUAGAUAUGUAUGCUAAAAACGGUAAUCUUCAAGCUGCGGAAAAGAUAUUUUCCGAAGUUUCCAACCCGGACUUGAAGUGCUGGAAUUCGAUGAUCGGUGGAUUUAGUCACCACGGAAUGGCAGAGGAAGCAAUCACGCUUUUUGCUGAGGUUUUAGAAUAUGGUCUAAAACCAGAUCAAGUAACAUUCUUGUCCCUACUAUCUGCCUGCAAUCACUGCGGGUUAGUUGAGAAGGGGAAAUUCUUGUGGGGUUACAUGACGAGAAACGGCAUUAUACCUGGUCCGAAACACUAUAGUUGCAUGGUAAGUUUACUAAGCCGAGCUGGUUUACUGGACGAGGCAGAAAAGCUUAUUACAGAAUCAGUAUACGGUGAAGAGAAUUUGAAACUAUGGAGAACUUUGUUGAGCGCUUGCGUAAAUAAGCGGGAUUUGAAGAUAGGAAUUCGAGCAGCAGAACGAGUGUUGAAAUUGGAUUCAGAAGAUAGGGCAACAUAUAUUCUGCUUUCAAAUCUUUUCGCUGUUACAGGGAGAUACGAUGGUGUUGCAGAAUUAAGGAAAAAGAUAAGACAAUUGGCAUUAGAAAAAGAUCCUGGAGUAAGCUGGAUUGAGUCCAAAAAUGACAUUCAUGUGUUCUCUUCUGAUGACCAAUCAAAUUUGUUGAUUGAUAAAGCACAAGCUGAAGUGCAUAGACUUCAGGUGAACAUGAACAAAUCAGUUAUAGAUGAAUCAGAAUUUGAUGCAAGGAUAUAUUCCACAUAGAAUUUGACAAGGCCAUUUUAAUAUGAAGAAGCUUGAUUGGGAUUCUGAUUUCGAUAUAUGAACACCAUAUCUACGCUAAGUAGCACUAUUUAUUUCGGGGUUGAUUGAUCUAUUUCACGUUAAACUUAACAGGACUUUCCAAAAUGUGUUAGUAUAAGGACUUUUCAGAAUCCUCACUUCUGACACCGCGUUCACCUUAAAGAGCCAGAAAGUGUAGAUAUCUUAGCUUGGAUCGUUGAUGCUAGCUGCAAGCUGUGUCAAUAAUCACAAUUUGUAACUAUCCAGUCCAUGUGAAGGAAUAAAAUAGAAACAGGAAAAUUUUGUUGAUUAUUCAUUUAUAAGCCAAAAUUUUGCAAGCUUAUACAGUCAGAAAGAUUAGUUUUGUUGAUUUGCAUCUAAAGUGUACAAGAUUGACAUUCUUUUGUCCAGGACAAAUAGUUAGCUUUCAAAAUCAAUAUAUGAUCUCUUGAUAAUA